AUGGGGACCUGGAUUUUGUUUGCCAGCCUCCUGGGAGCAGCCUUUGCUAUGCCCCUACCACCUCAUCCUGGGCACCCUGGUUAUAUCAACUUCAGCUAUGAGAACUCACAUGAUCAGGUUAUCAAUAUUGAUGGGACUGCAUUAGUGCUUACCCCUGUGAAGUGGUACCAGAGCAUGAUAAGGCCCCCGUACACUUCCUAUGGUUACGAACCCAUGGGUGGAUGGCUGCACCACCAAAUCGUCCCCGUGGUGUCCCAGCAGAACCCCUCAAAUCACGCCCUGCAGCCUCAUCACCACAUCCCCAUGGUGUCAGCUCAGCAGCCCGUGGUCCCCCAGCAACCAAUGAUGCCAGUUCCUGGCCAUCACUCCAUGGUUCCAACCCAACACCACCAGCCAAACUUCCCUCCGCCUGCCCAGCAGCCCUUCCAGCCCCAGCCCGUCCAGCCGCAGCCUCACCAGCCCAUCCAGCCUCAGCCUCCUGUGCACCCCAUCCACCCCCUGCCGCCACAGCCACCUCUGCCUCCGAUAUUCCCCUUGCAGCCCCUGCCCCCUAUGCUUCCUGACCUGCCUCUGGAAGCUUGGCCAGCAACAGACAAGACCAAGCGGGAGGAAGUGGUGAGUAUACCUUGA